UCGGAGAGAGGCGGAGUAUUCUUCCGAGAGCCAUUCGGAAGAAGGCGGAGCCUACCUCCCAUCAGGACCAGUCUGACUGCACCUGCAUCCUUAGCUCAGCGCAUCCCUGGAGCAUCUUAAGAGGCGAGCGCAGCUGGCACCCAGGGGCCCGACCGUCGCAGGAGGCGUCCGCCGGAUACCUUCCCCCGUCCCUGACGUAGAGCUCUACAGCGGCGGCCUCCGUACGGACUGGGGGUUCCCAGAGUUGUCUGACCAUUGCAAAAACGUUUAUAGCAACAGCCUCUGAUUACGACAUGGCUGAGAUCACCAACAUCCGACCUAGCUUUGAUGUGUCACCGGUGGUGGCCGGCCUCAUCGGGGCCUCUGUGCUGGUGGUAUGUGUCUCGGUGACCGUCUUUGUCUGGUCAUGCUGCCACCAGCAGGCAGAGAAGAAGCACAAGACCCCACCAUACAAGUUUAUUCACAUGCUCAAAGGCAUCAGCAUAUACCCAGAGACCCUCAGCAACAAGAAGAAAAUCAUCAAGGUGCGGAGAGACAAAGAUGGCCCUGGGAGGGAAGGUGGGCGUGGGAACCUGUUGGUAGACGCAGCAGAGGCUGGCCUGCUGAACCGAGACAAGGGUCCCAGGGUACCUAGUUCCGGAUCUUGUAUAGACCAAUUACCCAUCAAAAUGGACUAUGGGGAAGAACUGAGGAGCCCCAUUACAAGCCUGACCCCUGGGGAGAGCAAAACCACCUCUCCAUCAUCUCCAGAGGAGGACGUCAUGCUAGGAUCCCUCACCUUCUCGGUGGACUAUAACUUCCCGAAAAAAGCCCUGGUGGUCACGAUCCAGGAGGCCCAUGGGCUGCCAGUGAUGGAUGACCAGACCCAGGGAUCUGACCCUUACAUCAAAAUGACCAUCCUUCCUGACAAGCGGCAUCGGGUGAAGACCAGAGUGCUGCGGAAGACACUGGACCCUGUGUUUGACGAGACCUUCACCUUCUAUGGCAUCCCAUACAGCCAGCUGCAGGACCUGGUGCUGCAUUUCCUCGUCCUCAGCUUUGACCGCUUCUCUCGGGAUGACGUCAUCGGUGAGGUCAUGGUGCCAUUGGCAGGGGUGGACCCCAGCACAGGCAAGGUACAGCUGACCAGGGACAUCAUCAAGAGGAACAUCCAGAAGUGCAUCAGCAGAGGGGAGCUCCAGGUGUCUCUGUCAUAUCAGCCUGUGGCACAGAGAAUGACAGUGGUGGUCCUCAAAGCCAGACACUUGCCGAAGAUGGAUAUCACCGGUCUCUCAGGUAAUCCUUAUGUAAAGGUGAACGUCUACUACGGCAGAAAGCGCAUCGCCAAGAAGAAAACCCACGUGAAGAAGUGCACUUUGAACCCAGUCUUCAACGAGUCUUUCAUCUACGACAUCCCCACUGAGCUCCUGCCCGAUAUCAGCAUCGAGUUCCUCGUCAUCGACUUCGACCGCACCACCAAGAACGAAGUGGUGGGGAGGCUGAUCCUGGGGGCACACAGUGUCACAGCCAGUGGUGCUGAGCACUGGAGAGAGGUCUGCGAGAGCCCCCGCAAGCCUGUAGCCAAGUGGCACAGUCUGAGCGAGUACUAAUCCUGUUCUUCUCGCCUCUAACCCCGGUGCCCGGCUGGGGAGGGAUAUGGCGGGGAAAGAGAUGACAGAGAAGCGGACUCAAACCUCAUUUUAGUUGUAGAAGAAAAUUUCUUACAAAACAAACACCACAAACCCCACAUGACCACAGCCGCAGAUGAGUUCUUAGCGAUGAUUAUUUUAUCUCCUUGGCAAGGCACUAGAAAUUUUUUCUUUUAAAUGGGGGUAAAAAAAGAGAAGGAAAGACCCCUACAAGUCUAUAUAUAACAAUGUAACCUUAUACUUGCAUGUCUAAUACAAACUGAAGAAAUUAGCCUAACUGCCAAUAUCAAGUUGCAGAUUUUAAUCCAUGGAAAUUGUGUUUUGUGCCGAAUUGUAUUUGCCGAUUACCUGAAAUUGGCCUCUUUUUAUUGGGCUUCUCUGGAGAAUUACUCCCCAUCUCUGCAGAAGAAAAUUUUUCUCCUGUAAAACCUUAUGUUCUCAUCAUUCCCAUCUUUUCUCCUUAUUGCCUCUUAUGUCUCUGCUCUUUGGCUGAGCUCAAGGUCUAGAGGUCUGUAGGAAACCAAGAAACAAAGGUGGGAUGGAUAAGGCUGGGUUUGCGGGAGAAAGAGUCAUUGAGAAAUGGGAUGUUUUGCUGUCAGUCCUCCUGCUAGGAAGGGAUAAACGGCAGUCUGUGACUAACUGGUAGCCCAGGUGAGGCACGGAGAAUACUGCAGGCUUAUCGGGUACAACUUGGAUUUACAAAACUAGAGGGCUUCUCUAAAAGGAGCCCUGGAGACUUCAAAUUCAGCAGUAGGGUGGUACCAGCGAACAUUCAGCUGAUCCCAAAUGCAAUUUUCAGGUGUAAGGAAAAAGAGAGGAGACGAGAGAUGACUGCCACCCCCCUUUGCAGCUGUCUACAGCCAUUUCUUGGUUGAUGGGUUGGAAGUCAUCAGAGGUUUGAAAGAUUACACUGGUCUUUGUUUUUUUCCAGAAAUGCUGACCAUGGAGACAAUAGAGUCUUCUCCAAUGGCUUAGAUGUUAUAGUGAAGUUAGAUUUGCUUCCUAAAGAAAAAGGCCCUCAGCCUGUAAUCUCGUGCCUUUGGGAGGCUGAGGUGAGUGGAUUGCCUGAGCCCGCGGGUUCGAGACCCACCU